AGUAGGAUUGGAAACGAGUUUAUAUUUCGCAUUCCUUGUUUCCAGUAUAGAAAGACAUACUGACUAAACUGAAUUGGCUACACAAAGCUCAUUUGACUGACAAUGUCUGAACUACAGUUGUUUCGUGUGUUUUUAAAUGAUCGUUUAACGGCGGCUGCUGUGGAGAUUUUCGGUGCAGUUGAGAAAACGGUAGUAGAAUACCAGGAGGAGAAUGAUCGGCUACGGAGACUGCUGGAGAGGACACCGGUGAUACCUCUAUGUAAAAUAGACUCAGUGCAGCUGUCUGUCUCUGUCUCUGAAGAGGACGUUCCCCCUGAGCAGCAGCACUGUGAGCAGGAGUGGAGCCCCAGUCUGGGACAGGAGGACCCAGAGACCACACAGAUUAAAGAGGAACAGGAGGAACUGAGGAGCAGUGAGGAGGAAGAGCAGCUUCAAGGGCUCUUUGAUACGAAAUACUCCAUAUUCACUCCUUCCUGUUUGAAAAAUGAAUGUGAUCAGGAGAACCCACUUCCGUCCUUGACUCUUCACCAAAACCAGACUGUGGAAAACAGAGAGCGUGAAUCUGAACCAGUGGAUCUGAAACCUUUUGGCACUGUGACCCACCUAAGGGGUCUGGACAUUCCCUGUGACCCUCCAGAUAAUCAGAACAAUGCCUCAGCCAUAAGCAGCAACCCAGUAGGACUUGACAGCAGCCUACCAUUUGAUCUCAACCAACCAUUCGGGGAAAACUGUUCCAAACUCAGCACCAUGUCUAGAAUAACUCAUCACUGCCGUGACUGUGGUGAAACGUUUGCUCUGAAAGCUGAUCUGCAGAGGCAUGUGAAUCUCCCCAAGAAGAGACCCUGCGAAUGCAGCUUCUGCAAAAAACGCUACAACUCCACCUGUAAACUGAAGGCCCAUGUCCGACUCUGUCACGGUGGGAAACCCUGCACCUGCCCCUUUUGUGGCAAGACCUUCAAACAAAAAGGACAUCUGUCCACUCACAUGAGAAUCCACACAGGAGAGAAACCAUUUACCUGUGGUUACUGUGGGAAGAGCUUUAUUCAGAAGGGGGACUUAAGGAGGCACAUACUGACUCACACAGGAAAGAAACCAUUUAGCUGUGGUUACUGUGGUAAAGGCUUCAUUCGCAAAGAGCACCUAACUGCACAUAUACGGACUCACACUGGAGAGUAAUCACAUGGCUACUCACAUGGUCUGUGGUAAAAAUAUUCAUUCAGAAGGUAAACCUGCUGGCGCAUGUGAAAAACAUCCACAAAGAAACAACAUAGAAUGAAAACGCAAAGGAGAAAGAAAAUGAGGACAAAGAUCUCCUGUCAGAAGAUGGGAAUUAAAAGGCAGGAUGUGAACAACACUCUUAGAAAAGUAAAGCUACUCUGGAUCAUUCCUGCUGUGGGUUUCAGAUAAAUAGAUACAUGAUGGAUUUACUUUAGUAAAAUGUUUUGUGUAAAUAAAGUUUGAUGUCAAUUAAAACAUUUGAUAAUGAACAAA